AGCGGCCCGCGCCGGAGCCGCACAGCACGCUGCCGCGCUGACAGCUCUGCUCCCGGAUCCCGCGCCCGAUCCCGCUAUGGCCACCGUGCAGCAGCUGGUAGGAAGAUGGCGUCUGGUGGACAGCAAAGGCUUUGAUGAAUACAUGAAGGAGUUAGGAGUGGGAGUAGCUAUGCGAAAAAUGGGCGCAAUGGCUAAGCCAGAUUGUGUCAUCACUUGUGACGGCAACCACCUCACCGUUAAGACCGAGAGCACCCUGAAAACAACACAGUUUUCUUGUAAUCUGGGAGAGAAGUUUGAAGAGACUACAGCUGAUGGCCGAAAAACUCAGACGGUCUGCGCUUUUAAAGAUGGUGCGCUGGUUCAGCACCAGGAGUGGGACGGGAAGGAGAGCACGAUAACCAGAAGGUUGCAAGAUGGGAAGCUGGUUGUGGAUUGUGUCAUGAACAAUGUCACCUGUACCCGGGUCUACGAGAAAGUAGAAUAGGUAUCCCAUCAUCACUUGGACAGGAAUUAGCUUCGAGAAUGAAUAAGCUCAGUUCAAUGAGCAAAUCUCCAUGCUUUUUUUUUUUUUUUUGUCAUUA